AUGGCGCCCGUCAUCUUCGGCUUGCCCUUCAGCGAGUUCAAAUGGUCCAAGUUCGGCAAUGCAAAUAUGUGGAACAACGUCUAUCACUUGCGAAGAACGAAAUUCAUUGUCUACCAGCUCGCCAUGAUCUUUUGCGUCGUCUCAGAAUCUCUCGGAACUGACGCCCUGUCACGAUUCGUCAGCCAGCAAAAGUGGAUUCAGCGUCACGGAGGCCCCAACGCCAACGAAUACAACAAUGACUACGUUGGUGUCGCAUCAUACAACAUCUUCGCUGGAAUUUACGUGGCUACCAUCUUUGGUGGUGCUUUCUUCUUCGACUUGAUUUGGCCUGAGAGACGCGAGGACCAUGGUGUCAGAGUCGCCUGGAAGAUCUGUGCCAUUUCUUGUAUCUUUGUGCACCUUGCCAGUUGUAUUGCCAUGACUGUCAUUGUCGCCACCAAGAACGCUUAUGUCACCGGCAUCAGCGUAGCCGAGGGAAAUAGACUUGUUGCGGAGAACGGCAAGACUCCCCUGGACUACAGACACAGCGCCCGUAUCGUCACCUCUGUCGUUUUCGGAUGGAUUGGAUGGGUCUUCGUCGUUGUUAGUGCUGCCAUCAUGAUUGUUGGCAAGAACCACGAUGAGAAGAUGGGACCAUGGAGCACACACGUCCGCGAGGCCAAGUUGAACAACAUUGACGCCGAGUCCAACUUUGUCGCAGGACACCCGUCAGAGAAGCCCUUGACCAACCCACUUACUGGCGAGCCUUCCGAGGCCCUUCAACCCCACCACCGUCCUGAGGCUGCUCACGUUCAAGAGCCUACUCGUGUUCAGGAGCCGUCCCCCGAGAUGCAGAACCACAGCUUUGACUCGAGUGCACCGCCCGUCAAUCCUUCGCACGUCUAA